AUGGCCUUGAACACGAGCGAGUGGGAGAACAUCAAGGAGAAUGCGCAACCCCUGCGCAAGGGCUAUCGCGCUGCCCAACUGCUGCAAGCCCAAGACAGAUCCUCGAGUCACACUUGGCUCGAGAACGAAAAAGCGCGCUUUGAGGCGGAAAUCAAUGCAGGCACCGGCGAUGAUCCUCUGCAACCAUGGAUUAGCUAUCUCAAGUGGACUGAGGAACAUGCCGCUCUUGGCGACGUUAAAGUGAAUCGCACCAGCGUGCUUGAGCGCUGCGUGCGCAAAUUUGCAACCUUGCUCGAGUACCAUGAUGAUCCACGCUACAUUGACAUUUGCUUCCAGUAUGCCGACGUGGUGGAGGAUCCUCGCGACAUGAUCAAGUUUAUGCGCAGCAAACGCAUCGGCGUCGCUACUGUCCUCUUUUGGAAUAACUAUGCGCGCAUCCUCGAGUCUUUGGAACGUCCUGAGGAAGCUCUGGCCGUCUUUGACCAAGGCUUACCUUUUAUGACUGAUGAUGAAAGCGCUGAGCUCCUGCGUCAAAAGCAAAUGGAAUGCGCUUUGCGCAUCGAGGACACAGCGACACGCGCCACCCUGCUUGGCCGCGAUCAGCCCGAAGAAGACCUGAGCCAACGACAACAUCUUGGUGAUCUACGGGCCAACAAGCAUGGUCACGUUGCAAGCAACCGAGUCACAGCUCUCUCUGGACACACCCGAGGCCUGGGUGGAGCUUCUGCAGCACCCGCCAGCAACAACACUGGGAGCCUGCAGAUCUUCUCCGAUAACGGAUCGGCGCCGGCUGGAGCUCAAGUUUCUGCUGAGCAAGGAUGGCGCCAGAUGCCUGUCCAAAGCGUGACUCGCAAGGAGAAUAGUCUGGCGGCUGGUAUCUGGACGGAUCGUGGCUUGCAAGGUGCCAAGAGCAUGGUGCGCGGAGCCGGUGGUGCGGGCCCCUCUUUGGCCGUUUUGGCAGACCCUGUGGAAGCUGGCCAGCGUGGCUCGCCCCCGCGCAAGCAAAGCAAGGCCAUGAAGAAUGCUCUCAAGCCCAAGAAAGACCUGGCAGCUCUGGAAGCUAACCCUUUUGUUGAACUUCAACGUCGACGUGCCCAGAGUGCCCAGGAGGAGGGUGUUGUUCUGGCCUAUGAUGCCGCAGCCAUCUUUCCUCCAAUGGCCGAGGAGGACUGCACUUUUGAAGAGCUACGUGCCAACAUGUGGCUACAGGCCAACCAACUCAGCUGGGACAUGCUGCCCGUCCCCUCUGCACCAGUGUACCACGAUGAAGAGGCUACAGCAGAUGUCGACAUGGAGGAGGAUGCUGGGGAUGUCGAAUCUUCCCUUGCCGAUGCCAGCCUGCCUUUGCCGCCGCAUGCCGAGCAAGCGCCCGCGCCGGCCCAAAACAUGUCGACUAUCCUUGAGCAAACAGAGGAGUCCAUCAGCACAGAACGAGGUGCAUUGCGCCCACGCCGUGCUCUGGGCGUACUCCGCGAUCAACCGACCGACGCCACGCUGGACCGAGAGGACCACACCGUUACCAAGCAGCUUGACUUCAAUUCGGCCAGCCUCCAAGCCACGCCGGCCACUCGAUCCGAAGAAACUGAAGCGAGCGCUGCUGCUGAGAACUGCCCCUCCCCCACCAUCAAUACCAAGGCCGCUAUGGCUGACAUCAUGGCCAUGUUUGGUGCACCGCUUGAGGGCAACACUGACACCCCCGCAACGGAAUCUCCCGUUCAGACAGCUGCUGCACCAGCAGCUGGUGGCUUCCAAAUCUUCUGCGACGAAAAUGCUGCACCAGCCGCGACUUUGACCGAGCGCUUUGCUGACGAGAAUGCCUUCCCACUCGGCGCCUCCGAGGAGCAAGGUGCCCAACACAAUGAGCCCCGUAGCGUUCUGGGCGAGCUCAAGUCUUUCUCCACCACCCCCUUCAUGGUGUACAAUGACGACGGCACGGAGGCAAACGCUGACGAUGAUGGUGAAAACGAUGCUCACGACCACCACAACAUCACGGUAGCGGCCCCAAGCACCGAAUCCAUCACUCACUCGACGCCAUUCGUGCGGCCCAAUGCUGCAGCCGAGCUGGCCCUGCCUUGCGCCACGCCCAUUCCGGCCGAACAUGGUGAUGUGGGAACCGAUCUACCCCACCAGACCAUGCUGGCGCGCCAACACGGUCUCCACCUCGCUGAGAUGGACGAUCAUCACCUGAGUCCCAUCGUGGAGGCUAGCCAGGAAACCUCGACCUCCAGCUCCUUUACAUCCAAUCACGAGCGUGGUGCACCCGAGCACCCUCUGCCACUCGCAUUCAAGCAGGCGCUCGUGGAGAACCGACAUGCUGACUGGGCCUCUUCGCCCUGGUGCCAGCAACUGCCGGCCCCUUGCCCCCGCCUUGGCCUCAACCAGGUCCUCAAGACCUUGCUGCGCGGCAAGACGCUCAAGGUCGUCCGUCCUAUUGCUGCCGAGGCCGAGGGCCUGCAGAGUUUUCUCGCACGCGAAGUACCGCCUCAUGCGGCUGAUACGGCUGGCUUUGACGACGAGGACGACGAUGAGGUUUAUACCUACCACCUCUUGAAGCAGACACAGUCAAGCUAUGAGGCCGUCGUGACACGCCGCCUCCUGUCGCACGUGGAACAGGAUCGUCGAUUGUCUUUGUGCUAUGGUGUGACGGAGCGAGCUUUCCAGUUUGCUGACGGACUCGUCUUGUGUUGCCGUGCCUCCGACGAAGGCACGCUGCAAGAUGUUGUGCAGCUAGCUGCCAACUCGCCAGCCGGUCUGGACGAGACCCUCGCGAUCUACUAUGCCGUCGAGCUGUUACGAGCGGUCGAAGGCAUGCAUGGUGCAGGCGUGGUGCACGGCUCGCUUCAGCCCUCGAACAUCUAUCUUCGCAACGACGCUGAGGAUGAAGACGGCUGGCAAAAGGAGUGGCGUGCCGAUGGUUCCAACGGCUGGGCUGACCGAGGCCUGCUCCUGGCCAAUUUCACGGCUGCCUUCUCGACCGUGGACGAGAACCAAGUGCGAAGUUUGGUGCCGUUCUUCUCGGCUUUGCAGAAGCAACUACGCCGCCCUGCACUUGGCCUGGACCUGGACUAUCUCGGCCUCGCCAACACCAUGCAUUGGCUGCUCUAUGGCACCGAGAUGAGCUUGGCCUUGACUGAGGAUGGCUUCAUGCCGGCCACACCCUUUAAAGCUGCGUGGGUACAGCCGCUCUGGCAGCGAUUUUUCCACGAGCUCAUCAAUAACACGGCCGUUGACCUCAAGAGCCUCCGCUUGCAGUUCGAGCAGCACCUGGCCGUUCAUCCGUUCAAGGCCAACGCAUUGCGCAGCCUUCUUACCAAGCAGGAAAUUUGUCUCUUUGAUCUUCGUGACUGAGUCUUGCGUCGCCAGUUGUCGUUCCUUUGCUCUAGUGUGAGGGGUGAUCAGAGCGGUUUUUGAGUUACCUUUAUCUUGUAUCUUACAGCUAGCACCAGUGCAUAGCGAUUCCGAUAGACAGCAGAUCGCUUGUGAAGUGUAACUGCUCUAGCGUGUCCUCAGAAAAGCCUGUUUUGUAGCCGUGGCAUUCGUUCUUGCCUUGUUGGUCGCAACCUCCUUG